AGGUAGCAUCUAGCAUACAGCGUUUACAAUGCCAGACUCACCGGCUGAUGUGAAGACUCAGACACGGACCAGCCCAGCCAACAUGCCCCCUCCUUCGCCUGCACUUAGCCAAGGGGCCACCCGCAGCUCAUCGUUUACACCAAGCACAAUCAUGAAUGGGAGCAGUCACUCUCCAACUGCCAUUAACGGAGCACCCUCCACCCCCAAUGGUUUUAGCAAUGGGCCCUCUGCCUCCUCCUCUGCUGCACUAACGAAUCAGCAGCUCCCUCCAGCCUGCGGAGCACGGCAGCUUAGCAAGCUCAAGCGUUUUCUUACCACCCUACAGCAGUUUGGCAGCGACAUUUCACCGGAGAUUGGGGAACGUGUGAGGACGUUGGUGCUUGGGCUUGUGAAUUCCACACUUACUAUUGAGGAGUUCCACUCAAAGUUGCAGGAGGCCACAAACUUUCCUCUCCGGCCAUUUGUAAUCCCCUUCUUAAAGGCUAACCUUCCCCUGUUGCAGCGCGAGCUCCUGCAUUGUGCUCGCUUAGCAAAGCAGAGCCCUGCCCAGUACUUGGCACAGCACGAGCAGCUUCUUCUUGAUGCCAGUUCAAGUAGCUCCCCCAGUGACUCCCCUGAGUUGCUCAUGGAGGUGAAUGAGAAUGGCAAGCGUCGAACCCCAGACAGGACCAAAGAGACUGCACAAGAAGGUGUACACCCUGACCAUCCUGCCAAACGCACAUGUACCACAAGCCCUGCACAGAGAUUUAGCCCAAGCAAUGGACUCACCCAUCCUCCUUCUAAUGGACUACCACACCCUACUCCGCCACCAACUCAACAUUAUCGCCUAGAGGACAUGGUACUGGCACAUCAUUAUCGACACACAGAGCCACGGGAGAUGCGAGAGCGUCAGCGGCAGACAGCUGUCCAUGAAGUAAUCGACCACAGACUUACGGAGCGAGAGUGGGCAGAGGAGUGGAAGCAUCUCAACAACCUUUUAAACUGCAUCAUGGACAUGGUGGAAAAAACACGGCGUUCACUAACCGUACUUCGUCGUUGCCAAGAAGCAGAUCGAGAAGAGCUGAACCACUGGAUACGACGCUACAGUGAUGCAGAGGAUCUAAAAAAGACUGCCAGCUCUGCAGGUCAACAAGCAAGACACCACAACAACUCUUCUAGCACAGAGUCCUCCCCAACUGAACUAACUCGGGACUUGCUACACAGGCCUCAGGCAGGAUACAUGCCUGAAGAGAUCUGGAGGAAAGCAGAGGAGGCGGUGAACGAAGUGAAGCGACAGGCUAUGUCAGAACUUCAGAAAGCUGUGUCGGAAGCAGAGCGCAAGGCACACGAUCUCAUCACUUUGGAACGCACCAAGAUGGAAAGGGCACUAGCGGAGGCAAAACGCCAAGCAUCAGAGGACGCAUCAUCUGUCAUCAAUCAGCAGGAAGACUCAAGUGAGAGCUGCUGGAAUUGUGGACGAAAAGCAAGUGAAACAUGCAGCGGCUGCAACACUGCCCGAUACUGUGGCUCCUUUUGCCAGCAUAAGGACUGGGAGAAACAUCACCAUGUGUGUGGUCAAUCCAUAAAUCAUCCAUCCAAUGUACCCCCAGCCUCUACUACUCCAGCCACACCAGUGGCCAGUCCCACUGCAAGCAGCUCCGUCUCCCGAUCUGGAACCCCUGCCACUCCGCUACUCCUGGAUACUGCCUCCCGCUAACACAUGUGGUAAACUAUGAGGCAGUACACUGACUAGUCAUUCAAAUGUCUCUCCCUUCCACAGACAAUCCCAACUGCCACUUUGGUAGAGGAACAACCAAUGAAAACUUUUUGGCUUUAAUCCAGGUUGUCAACAGAUGUUUCACACCAUUGGAAAACAUUAGUUCCUAGAUGGAUCGAAGAUUUACAUGAAGGGAAUGUGGAAACUUAUGGGGGUCAGGGAAUGCUUAUCUAUAACUGCUUUGAAUUUGUUGGCUUUAAAAUGACAGAAAAAAAAAUCCAAAAAUAGAAAUGUAAAAUGAAACUACCUUGCUAGUCAGCCAAGAAAUGUCCAACACCAAGAACACCUCGAAAGGAAUCCAAAAAAAAAAAA